AUGGCACGAACAAAACAAACGGCAAGGAAAUCAACCGCCGGUAAGGCCCCCAGAAAGCAGUUAGCCUCCAAGGCAGCGAGAAAGUCAGCUCCAAUUUCUGCGGGUAUUAAAAAACCUCACAGAUAUAGACCAGGAACUGUCGCCUUGAGAGAAAUUAGAAGAUACCAAAAGUCCACUGACCUUUUAAUUAGAAAAUUGCCAUUCCAGAGAUUGGUCAGAGAAAUUGCACAGGACUACAAAACCGACUUGCGCUUUCAGUCAUCUGCAGUCAUGGCUCUCCAAGAAGCAGCAGAGGCCUACUUAGUAGGACUCUUCGAAGAUACCAACUUGUGUGCCAUUCACGCCAAGAGAGUUACCAUCAUGCCAAAGGAUAUACAGCUAGCCAGACGGCUCAAGAGAGAAAUCACCUUUCACCAGGACUGCUUUACUACCCACAUUGGUUUUAUUUUUUUAUAA